GAGCGCGGUGCGGUGGCUCCUCCCCCGCCACACCCGGUGCGGCAGGAAGAGGAACAGCCGCGCCCUGCUCCCGGCCGGCCCUGGUCCAGCGCAGCGCCAUGGCGGCGGAGGAGGUGGACGGGCUGGCCAUAUCCCGGCCGCAUUAUGGCUCUGUCUUGGAUAACGAGAGAUUAACAGCAGAGGAAAUGGAUGAAAGACGACGCCAGAAUGUAGCCUAUGAAUACCUUUGUCAUCUGGAGGAAGCAAAGAGAUGGAUGGAGGCCUGUCUGAAUGAGGAGCUGCCUCCCACAACAGAACUCGAAGAAGGAUUGAGAAAUGGAGUCUACCUGGCCAAACUUGGAAACUUUUUCUCUCCUAAAGUCGUUUCUGUGAAGAAAAUCUAUGAUCGGGAACAGACUAGAUAUAAGGCAACUGGUCUUCACUUCCGGCACACUGAUAAUGUAAUUCAGUGGCUGAAUGCCAUGGCUGAGAUCGGUCUCCCCAAGAUAUUCUACCCAGAAACUACGGAUAUCUAUGAUCGCAAGAACAUGCCACGCUGUAUCUAUUGUAUUCACGCACUCAGCCUGUACCUGUUCAAACUGGGUCUUGCGCCACAGAUUCAGGAUCUAUAUGGGAAGGUAGACUUCACAGAGGAAGAAAUCAGUAAUAUGAGGCUUGAACUGGAGAAGUAUGGUAUUCAGAUGCCUGCCUUCAGCAAAAUUGGAGGAAUUCUGGCAAAUGAACUCUCUGUGGAUGAAGCAGCAUUACAUGCUGCGGUCAUUGCCAUUAAUGAAGCAAUCGACCACCAGGUUCCAGCUGACACACUUAUGGCAAUGAAGAACCCUAAUGCCAUGCUAAUAAAUCUUGAUGAUCAGCUGGAAUCCACUUACCAAGACACACUCUACAGAGCAAAACAAGACAAGAUGGAGAAUGCUAAAAACAGGAUUGCCUCAGAAAAUUCAGAGAGAGAGAGAGAUGUGUAUGAAGAACUUCUGACUCAAGCUGAGAUUCAGGGAAACAUCAAUAAAGUGAACACACAUGCAGCCAUAUCAAAGAUUGGCCUAGCUUUGGAACAAGGAGAUGCGUUAGCACUUUAUGAAGCUUUGGCAACGCCGGCCCUGGGACUCCGAGGACUGCUACGAGAAAACUCUGACUGGUAUUUCAAGCAAUUUUUGAGUGAUAAACAGCAGAAGCAGGAGGCUGGCCUUACAGGUCUUCUGCAAAAGGAAGAGUUGCAGUUGGGAGUGGAUGCUGCUAACAGGGCAGCACAACAAUAUCAGCAAAGGCUGGCAGCAGUGGCCAAAAUUAAUUCUGCAAUUCGAAUGGGUGAUGCUGAGAAGACUGUGGCAGAAAUGAUGAAUCCAGAGGCCCAGUUACCGGAGGUUUAUGCAUUUGCUGCAGCUCUUUACCAAAGGGAGCUGUCCACCUUGCAGCAACAGAGUCAUGAAGGUAACCUCACACAUCCAGAAUUAUCUGUUGCUGUAGAGAUGCUGUCUUCUGUGGCCCUGAUUAAUAGGGCUUUGGAUUCAGGGGAUGUGAAUACCGUGUGGAAACAACUGAGCAGUCCUGUCACGGGGCUCACAAACAUUGAGGAUGAGAACUCUCAAAGAUACAUUGAUGAUUUGAUAAAGCUGAAAUCUCAAACACGUGCAGAGGGAAAUGAAUUUAUCACGUGGAAUGACAUCCAGUCGUGUGUGGAUCGUGUGAAUUUAGCUGUGCGUGAAGAACAUGAACGGAUUUUGGCAAUUGGUCUUAUCAAUGAGGCUCUGGAUGAAGGGGACACCAAAAAGACUCUACAAGCCUUACAGAUUCCUGCAGCAAAAUUGGAAGGUGUAGCCCCAAAGGUAGCUCAGCAUUAUCAGGACACCCUACUUCGGGCCAAGAGAGAGAAAGCACAGGACACUCAGGAUGAAACAGCUGUACUUUGGCUAGAUGAAAUUCAGGAUGGGAUUCAUAGGGCCAACAAGGACACAGAGGAGUCCCAGAGAUUUUCCUUAGGAAUUCUGGCCAUUAAUGAAGCAGUAGACCAUGGAGAUGUUGGCCAUACCCUGAGUGCCUUGCGUUCACCAGAUGUUGGGCUAUAUGGAGUCACUCCAGAAUGUGCUGAAACGUACCAGCGAGAGCUGGCAGAAGUCAAGAGAAGAAAAAUGGCAACAGGGGGCAAUGGCAGUGAUUGGGUGAAACUCUGGGUGAGAGGAGGCUAUCAUUAUUAUCAUAACCUGCGGACCAAAGAGGGAGGAUGGGAUGAACCAGAUGGAUUUGUGCAAAAUGACACACAACUGUCACGGGAGGAGAUACAGAGCACCAUAUCUGGUGUCACUGCGGCAUACAACCGAGAGCAGUUGUGGCUGGCCAACGAGAACCUGAUUACAAAACUUCAGGCUUGCUGUCGAGGCUAUCUUGUUCGCCAGGAAUUCAAUUCCAGAAUGAAUUUUCUGAAGAAACAAGUCCCAGCAAUCACUUGUAUCCAGUCUCAAUGGCGUGGCUAUAAACAGAGGAAAGCGUAUCAAAUCCGUUUGGAUUACCUCCGAGCACACAAGGACCAAGUAGUGAAGAUUCAGUCAAUGACCAGGAUGUAUCAAGCCAGAAGGCGUUACAGAGAUCGUCUGCAGUAUUUCAGAGACCACAUAAAUGAUGUUAUAAAAAUUCAAGCCUUUAUCCGAGCAAACAAAGCACGAGAAGACUACAAAACCCUCAUUAAUGCUGAAAACCCACCUAUGGCUGUGGUUCGGAAAUUUGUCCACUUGCUUGAUCAGAGUGACCAAGAUUUUCAGGAGGAGCUUGAGCUAAUGAAGCUGCGUGAAGAAGUUGUAACCUUGAUCCGAUCCAAUCAGCAACUCGAAAAUGACCUCAAUCUCAUGGACAUCAAAAUUGGGCUGCUAGUGAAAAACAAAAUUACACUGCAGGAUGUUGUUUCUCAUAGCAAAAAGCUUACCAAGAAGAACAAGGAACAGCUCUCUGACAUGAUGAUGCUGAACAAACAAAGGGGAGGUUUGAAAGCUUUGAGCAAAGAGAAGAGAGAAAAGCUGGAAGCCUAUCAGCAUCUGUUCUACUUACUUCAGACUAACCCAACCUACUUGGCCAAACUGAUUUUCCAGAUGCCUCAAAACAAAUCCACAAAGUUCAUGGAUUCUGUCAUCUUCACAUUGUAUAACUACGCAUCCAAUCAGAGAGAAGAAUAUCUGUUACUGCGGCUUUUUCAAACAGCUUUGCAGGAAGAGAUCAAAUCAAAAGUAGACCAAAUACAUGAAAUUGUGACUGGGAAUCCUACUGUUAUUAAAAUGGUGGUAAGUUUCAACCGUGGUGCCCGUGGUCAGAAUGCCCUAAGGCAGAUCCUGGCACCAGUUGUGAAGGAAAUCAUCGAUGACAAAUCACUCAAUAUCAAAACUGAUCCGGUGGAUAUUUACAAGUCUUGGGUCAACCAGAUGGAAUCUCAGACUGGUGAAGCCAGCAAACUGCCAUAUGAUGUUACACCUGAACAAGCUCUAAAUCAUGAAGAGGUAAGGACCCGCCUGGAUGCCUCAAUCAGAAAUAUGAGGACGGUGACAGACAAGUUCCUGUCUGCCAUUGUUAGUUCAGUCGACAAAAUCCCUUAUGGAAUGCGUUUCAUUGCCAAGGUACUGAAAGAUUCCCUAUAUGAGAAGUUUCCUGAUGCUGGUGAGGAUGAACUUCUGAAGUUCUGUGCUUUCCCAUUCUGAGGCAUCGAUUCUUUCUGUGCAGCUAUUUCUUCAGUCCUCUGAUCUCUACUGUGCAUUCAAGUCACAUGUCAAGCAGGAGAAGCCAAGAUUCUGUGACCUGGCCCUCUACAAAUUUCUGUGAACCACCAGAAAAUACUAGAGCAGGCGGUGUGAGAACUUUUGCUUUACAUCAGCGUGCUGGACUAAUUCCUUUUCAUUGCUGGAAGGACUUUAGGCAAAAUACCAAAGACAGGUUACAAGUAUACGUAUGAGAGUAUGAAUAAUGGGACAUCUUUAUUUUUGGUUCCUUGAAGUUCAUUUUUAUUGCUGCCCACAUUUAAUGAGGUAAAUUGGAUUUUGAAAUGUCCAAGGCCAUUCAUCUUCUAUACCUCUGAGUUUCUUACCUCUGGAUUAAAUGAUUUCUCAGUUACUCUCACUUAAUUUUAAGUGGGAGUCUAUAGCUGAAAAUGUUGCUGUUUUAUACGAGUUAUUCUGAAAGAGAAAAUGAAUUUGUAGAAGGGGUGGAAAGUAGCUGCUAUUUUCUCAGUUUAACUCCUUGGUUUACAAUGCUUCUUCACUAUUUUUGAUUUGUUGGAGACGGUCAAUUCUGCACACAUCUCUAAGAAUUAGCUCUUGUUCCUUAUGGGACGGCAGUACCAGGUUCCUCUAUACUAUGGUCGUUCUGCCCUCUGUUAAACUAAAUCGUUUAAUUCUCAUGACAGACGGUCGUAUGCUCACGAGUAGUUCGUUGUAAUCUGUAAUAUUGUCUGUCUAUAUAUGUUUUUAUAGGUUAAAAUAUAAAAUCUUUAUGCGUAGGAGUAUCUGCAGCUGUAUUGUCCUGGAACUAGUAGUGCUCAGUGUUCCCUUUUUGUGUUGACUGUCCUACUGCAUCUUUAUAUAUAAAUGCUAGAGUCUUUGAGAUAGCAUGUGCUUGUAUACAGCAGCACAGUAGACCAUUUAUCUUGGAAGGGACCUACCGCUUACAAUAAAAUAAUUUGC